AUGGUCAACGAGUCCCAGGGAUCAUCAAGACCGAACGCAGCCGCUUCAGGCUCAUCUUCGACCACCAGGAGUAGGCGGCAUGCCAUACCUGAGGAGGAUGCUACCAAGUUGCAGUUUGGGGAAUUUGCCGAUGGCGAAGCCUUGACUUUGACCGAAGUAUCGACACUUCUUGCAGCUGCUAGAAGUGCACCCAACGUCCCUCCUGCACCAGAUAACAAAGUGUACAAGUCUACUGUAGAAUACGUCAAUGAAUUUCAGAACGCUAGUAUGGAGGUGUCGGAGAGUAUGAGAACUGCACUCGUAGCAAGACCUGGCUUUUUGAACAAGUUUGAGAUCGCUCAAAUAAUGUACUUGAGACCUGAGAAAGUGGAAGUUGCAGUGGCUUUGAUACCGAGUCUCGAGCGAUACUCUCAGGGUGAUGAGACGGAAGCGAUUCUUCAAUCUUUGCUGGACGACGUAAGGGGUAUGGCGAGAUAUGGAGUCCGACCAUAG